AUGGCGGAAAAGACCAACACGGCUUCCACUUCGGUCCACCAGCCGACGACCUUGGAGUUCUUGGGCUUGGCCGGGAAUUUUGGACACCUGAACUUGAAGGACCCCUUCGAUGUGAAGAAGCGUGGCUCCAGCUACUUCACGGAGUUCCGCGCGGGGCUGACCACGUUCCUGGCGAUGGCCUACAUCCUUCCAGUGAACAGUGGAAUGCUCAGCUUAGUGAUCCCUGGCAUGCGCGAGCAGCUGGUCUGUGCCACCGCCCUGGCGGCCUUUUGUGGAUGUUGGUUGAUGGGGAUCUUGUCCAACUAUCCCUUCAUGUUGGCACCUGGCAUGGGCACCAACGCCUUUUUCACCUUCACCAUUUGUUUGAGCAGGGGCUUGCCAUACCAAGCGGCCUUUGCGGCGGUCUUCGUGGCUGGGUGGAUUUUCAUGCUCCUGAGCAUUACGGGACUGCGCACCUUGAUGAUCCGACUCUUUCCCGAAGGCAUCAAGGAGAGCAUCGGCGCGGGCGUGGGACUCUACUUGACUUUCAUUGCCUUUCAGUCGUCUGAAGGCAUGGGCUUGUCCGUUAAGGACCCAGCAACUCUGGUGACACUCAACAGCCUGAGCCCCGACAGCUACGAUGCGGCCAAGCUGUGGCUGAGCCUGGCCGUGUUGUGCCUCACAGCGACACUGUUUGCAGCCAAGGUGCCGGGCGCUCCCUUGAUUGGGAUCAUCUUUGGCACCAUGGUCUGCUGGAUCGAAGGAUUUGCCAGGGGUGAGGAGCAGUCCGUCUUCGGGUAUCCCUUUGGCACGAAGGGCCACCGUGAUGCGAGCUUCCACAUCUACCUGCCCACCAGCCUGGUCGCCCAGCCGUCUCUAAGCGGUCUCUCAGGAGCACUUUGGAGUGGCUUUGGGGCAGCCACGGAUCCUGCCAUGGCGUCCACCUUCUGGACGGCGGUGGCCACCUUCUGCUACACCGACCUCUUGGACUCCUCCGGCACCUUCUUCGCGGUGGCCAAGGUCGCGGGCUUGACCGACGCGCGGGGCAACCUGCCGCUGGCGCGGCAGAACAUGGCCUACCUGGCCGAUGCGAUUGCGGCGCUCAUCGGAUCCAUGCUAGGCGUUUCCACCGUGGCCACCUUCGCGGAGUCCACGGCGGGCGUGGCGGACGGCGCGAAGACGGGGCUGGCGCCCCUGGUCACCGGCUUUCUGCUGGCGAUCCCCAUCGCGCCCGUGGUCUCCGCGGUGCCUCCCUUGGCCUCCGGGCCGAUCUUGUGCCUGCUGGGUGCCUUGAUGUGCAGCUCGGUGCGGGGCAUCGAUUGGGAGGACUACCAGGAGUCGAUGCCGGCUUUCCUGUCCAUGGUGACCAUGCCCUACACCUUCAGCAUUGGCUACGGAAUCAUUGCAGGUCUGGUCCUUUGGGUGGUGAUCCAGUUGCUGCUGAUCCCAAUGCGCCUGGGAAAGAAGGAGGAUCCCUUUGUGCGCUUCAAGGCCCUGUGGGCCGGGGUCUUUGUCGAGGCGGAGGAGGAGUUUAGCCCUUCUGAGAAGGAGAAUCUGAGUGAUUUGGAUACGGAUGUUGGCAGCUCGGGCUCUGCCGAGCCAUGA